AUGUUGUUCCUUAACUCACUGUUGGUCGCCUCCAUCGCCUCAGCCGCUGCGCUCAGCGGACCAUUCGCACCCCGCAACGCAGACACCUCUACUCGUAAAAUCUUUCUCAACUUCGACCAGAAGUACGCCCCGCCAGUCAGUCUCAUCCCCGCCGGCAACCCACGUGACUCCGAAAACAACACCCAGCCCAUCUACUUCAACAACUUCCAAAUCGACAGUCUCCCCCUCUCAGAGCCCUCCCACCUUGGCCUGCUCCCAGCUUCUGCACCAAACCUCGCGGCUAGCAGUUUCCGCGCCCGCCUCACAAACGGGUUGCUAAACCUCCUCUUCAACCCAAAGGAGAUUGAUAAGAAGUUUAUACAGUCCGCCAGCCUGAGCAUCGACGCGGUAAACGGCACCUUGCAGCUCAUAAGCAUGUAUAUCGGCGCCGCUAUAUCCUCAGCCUUGACACCCAUUCCUGUUCCUCAGAACGCCACUUUUGAGUUCACGGGCAUCAAGGCAGACGGUAAUAACGUCACACAAAUCUAUGAGUACAAGACUAAGACGAACGACAGGCCGCUGCAGCUGAUUGAUAAUGAGGAACUCGGCGAAGUGGUUUUCAAGCCUGAAUUUGUAGAACUGAGGGAGGUCUUGGUUAGGAUUAUAUCUGCGAGUUUGACGACGAUUCCCGGGGGUGGAUCAGGUUGGGGUGGCGUUUGGGGUGGAUAA